GUCUGCUCGAUGGCUAAGUAGGUUCACUUUCCGGACAUCAACGAACCUGUGCCCCUUUCGAAAUGGAUGAUCUCUAUAAAUGUGGAUGCCUCUACGUUGAACCGGAUCCAACUACCCUUCCCUUCUCUUUCAAGCGUUGAUCGCUAUUAUGUUCACCACCGACGAGUUCCCCCCGCAGCCAAUCUCCUCCCUCACUGCAGAGCUCGUGGGGAGUCUCAAAGAGCGCACGCAGGAAGUGCUCUCGUACCUCGUCAAGACCAACUCUAUUUCAGCAUACUUUAACGACGCGGACUCUCUUUCCGACUUCCGGAACGUGCUCGGUCUGACGACCCAAGGACAGCUGGACAGUGACCUAUUGUCUAAACCCGAUGAGCUGUUGGGGGCCUACCACGACAAUGUCUCGCUGACCGAGUACAGCGAUUAUCAGCCCUUUAUUUCCCGCUUCUUCGAAGAGCCAUGCAAGGCAUCUGCUGUCGAGAAUCUCAUGGCUCCCGGGAUGCCCUUUUUUAUUGUUCACUCCACUGGCACAUCCGGCGCAAUACCCAAGAGCUAUCCUAAGUAUCGUCACCCAGAGCACAUGUCUACAUCCACAUCACACGUGAUGAAGGCAUCUAACCCUGUGAGCAAGAAUGGGGGGAAGAACUGCAUAGUGUAUUCUCUCGUUAGCCGCCAAGUGGUUACUGCGUUGAACGUUGAUGGCGAAGUGGACCGGUGCAUGCCUGUCUGCAUUAUGUCUACGGGAACCGUCCGUAUGUUUAAUGAUAUGGUUGUCGACAGGGACCCCUUUUACCAAACGCUAAAGCUCCCAAAUAAUUCUUCACCGCUAGCAGUCUCGUACAUUCCUGAUUACAGGUCAAUGUUGUUUGUGCAUGCGCUAUUUGCCGUGCAGGAGCGCCAACUUGAGUUGAUUAACGCCAUGUUCACAACUGUACUUCGCGACUUCUGCCACACUAUCGGAAACAACUGGAACACCAUCCUCGAUUGCAUCGAGACAGGCAAAGUCCCGGAUUUGGAGGGCAUUGAUCAUGUAAGGGAAAGCCUUGAGCGCUACUUUAAAGCCGACCCGAAACGGACCGCCGAGCUACGGGCUAUUGAGACAAAUGCACCAGGAUGGUUCACCAAGGUCUGGCCUGGUUUGCACACCGCCUUCGCUAUCUCGAGCGGGCCGUUCGUCAUGCCUGUCCCUGAGAUUCGGAAGUACAUUGGGCCAGACAUUCCAUUGAACACUCUUGGAAUUACCUGCAGUGAAGCCUUUCUGGCUCUUCCGUAUGAUCAACGAGACCCGAGUCUGUACAAGGUAGUGGGGUCUGAUGAGAUCAUUGAAUUUUUGCCCGAGGACGCUCCCGAAGAGUCGCGAAAUGUGAUCCAAACAUGGAAGGUCGAAGUUGGGAAGAGAUACGAAGUCAUUCUAACGACUAGAGAUGGUUUGUGGCGGUUCCGUUUGAACGAUAUUGUGGAAGUUGUUGGUUUUGAUCCUCGUGACGGACAACCCAUCAUUCACUAUGUCCAACGCCGAGAUGGUGGCUUACGGAUUGCUAAUGAACUAACCACCGAGGAUCAACUUCGUCAGGUGGUACUGUCUGCAUCCGAGUUACUUGGGAAUGUCUCCGAGUUCUGCGCCGCUGCGGAUUAUCGGAAGACUCUUCCGCGAUAUGCUUUCUUUGCCGAAUUGCAGGGCGAUAUUCCCACUUCUGUAUCAAGUGCAGUCACCCAAGUGCAAGCCGCCCUUUUCGAGCAGAACGACAACUACCGCACAGAAACUCUCGCUGGUAAAAUUGGCACUCCUGUGAUCCGUGUGGUGCGACAAGGCACAUUUGGCGAAUACAGAGAAUGGAAGGUUCGCAAGGACAAUAUUGCUGCAGGACAGAUCAAAGUGCCAACUGUGGUAUUUAAUCACGAAGUAUUGGAGUUCCUGGAGGAGAGGGUGAUCGAAGAAUUCUCAGUACUUACUACUGCAACAUCUUGAGCCUCAUUAGUGCAAUGGACUUGGAACACCUAGGUAGCAACUUAUUCGUUAUAUAACAAUCGUCUCAGUUAUCUUGAAGGUCUCUCUUCCUUCGGAGUGGGAAAUAGCCAAGCUGUAAAAUCUUUGUGUGAAUUGGUAGGGCAUUUCAAAGGUGGAUACUUCGGGAAGCUUCAGGUUGACCUAGUUCUCCAUGCAAGUCACUUCCUCAGUAGGAACGCUCUGUCGGAUGUAUUUUGUCCCCGGUGAGUAAUUCGGCACUGUCUAGGAGCCGGUGUGAA